AUGAAUCUCAUACUCAUUGCGGCGCUCGGUUUGAGCACUCUUUCCCAAACCGUGGUCGCUAGGUCCAUUGUCGCCCCAAUAAUCGAGCCUGAACCUGAGCCUGUGCCUAUAAAAGCGGUUAGGCCCUAUCGCUACGAUACCGUAAUUAAAACAAGUCUUGCAAUCGAAAAAAAUCCUGGCAAGGUACUCAGCGUGGAGAUUAACUAUACGCCAGAUUAUAGCUUGAAGGGCAGAGCGAAUCUUACAUUUGCUGAACAUAACCCUGCGAGACCCGCUUUUGUUCCUUUCAAGAUGAUGUUCCUGUGUCCCGACUGCCCAAUCGCGUUUGGCACGCCAACUUUGAGCCCGGAGUCAGAUAUCAGAAACAGGGCUUUCACCCCAUUCACGCUUCAUGAGGCCUCCUACCCACGCAAGCUGUCGAAACAACGAAGUCUUAUCUUCCGAGUCGAGUUCAUUCCCCCACAAAAGCCGCGAGUUUCGGCCGAUUAUGCAAUCACCUUUUAUCGGCAAGGCAAGCCAGCAUUCAAGUACAUAUAUGAGAAGCACAUGCCACCUGGCCAUCCUAUCAACUACAUCAUUUUACAAAAUGAGCGUGGUGGCACAGAUUGGGUCGAUUUGAAGACUGGGGUUGUUAAACUACCCCCAAAGGAGGUACCAACGAAGGAAAGAAAGGAUGAUAGUGAGGGCGACGACAUAGAUAGACCCCCCAAACCCGCUCCGCCAGUAGAGGAAAAGGGUGGUGACGAAGGUGACGACGAACGCGGGCCUAAAGAUGCGCCAACAAAAGAGAAUCAGGUCGACAAGAAGGGUGAUGACGAGAAAACUGGCAGUGAUGAGACUAAAGAGAAGAGCAAAGGUGAGGUGGACGAUACAAACAGCGAAUACUGA